AUGGCAAGGAUAAACAUCAAAUGUGUUGUGGUAGGCGAUGGGGCAGUGGGAAAAACCUGUUUGCUAACCAGCUAUGUGGAGAAUGCGUUUCCUGAGGACUACGUACCAACAGUGUUCGACAACACAACGGCUGACUUGAGCGUGGAUAAUGUUGACGUCACGCUAAGUCUCUGGGACACUGCUGGUCAGGAAGAUUAUGACAGGCUUCGACCUCUGUCCUAUCCAGGCGCCGACGUGUUUCUACUCUGUUUUGCUCUAGACCAUAAAACCAGUGCUGAAAAUGUCAAGUCAAAGUGGCAACCGGAACUCACACAGUACUGUCCCCAAGCGCCGAUAGUUUUGGUGGGAACUAAACUUGACUGCAGACAAACUGCAGGCAGACAAGGCAACAGCAAACAGGUGAUUUCACGGUCAGAGGGGUUGAGAAUGGCCAAAACCAUCAAAGCAGUCAAGUAUUUAGAAUGCUCAGCUCUAACUCAAGAAGGGCUUGGCGAGGUCUUCCAGGAAGCGACUCGGGCAGCUAUGCAGAAACAGUCUUCCAGCUCCUCUAGAUCUAACUGUGUUGUAUUAUAG